CAGUGGUUGAGGAAGGACGUGUUCGCUCGUGUGUCUUUGGCGUUUUGCUGGCUCGGUUUCCCUUCCCUCGUGUUCUCGUGAAUUUUUGGGGGACUUGAAUCUAUACAUUAAUUGCAUCUCAAGAUGGUUGUGGUGACUCUGGGUGACAGCGUCGACGACGGCGGGGGCGUCCAGGUGGAAGGAGGCGCCCCCCCGCCCACUCUCCAGCACUUCCCCUCCCAGUACACCCAGCAAUACCCCGCCCACGUGGGGAAGUACCCGCCUCCUGGGGGCUAUGACAGUGACUCGAACAGUGACCAUAGCAGCAGCGGGCGUGGGAGCGGUGGCAGCGAUCUGGGCAGCGAGGUGGACAGAGAUGGCUCCCGUCUGGAGGACAGCGGCCGCUACAGCGCCGACGGCUGCGAUACCUCCGCGACGCUCAGCUCGUCCGAGGUCAUCCUCAAACCCAGCCUGACCUUGCCCGUGCCGCCCGUGCCCACCCUCGCCCCCCAGCCAGCCCGCAUGCCCCCGAGGCCCCGGUCUCUCUCCGCCAACCGCUGCAGGAGCUCUUCGGAAGGACUUCGCCAAGCCAGGAGGGAUGCCAUCGCGUCCUCCGUCGUCUCUCCUACGAGGCAUACCCCCCGUAGGAGCGCCCCCGUGACCCACCCGCCCGUGGACUCCCCCCUGUGUGGCCAGUGCGCCCGCAGGGACCUCUCCUUCUUCGACCCGAACUGUAGUGGGUGUUCCUCCUUGCUGCGGCGCCCCACCACCACGCCCGCCCACGUCUUCGCUGUGAUGAGGCAGUGGGUGCCGCAGGUGCAGCAGAAUAUUCAUCACUUCGUUCAGCUGAUCUUGAACAUGGGAUGUCAUGUGGACGACCGUGACGCCUUGACAGAUAUGACACUGUUGCACUACGCUGUCAAGUCUGGCAGUGUUGGCGUUGGCGAUCCUGCCACAGCUUUGCAGCGAAUGGGAUACUUUGGAGAAAAUUGCGGAAAAUUAACAAAUACAACGGCCGUGAAAGGUGAAAAGCUCAGGAGAAAAUGGCGGAUGUUCUCUACUGAUGAAUUUUCGCCAUUAGAAGUAUUGAUGUGCACUCUCGACUUCAGCAUCUGUUAA